UGCAUCACGAAGCCGUCACGAUCAAAUUUCUCCCGCAGCCAUGGCCUACGACAGCAUUCUGAUGAAUUAGCUGGCUAGGUUACAACUUGUCGCCAGUUAUGAAUUAAAAACAUAUGCCCCUCCGAACAUAAAGAGCGCAUAUGAGCACACUCUUGAGUUUAUCUGCGCCCGCAUGUCAUAUAAGAUGGCUCUCCAGCAGCAGAAACUGGUUGUCUUAGCCGCCUGCAUUCUUGGCUUAAGUACGGCCUUCAUCUGGUCCCGAUAUUACAAAAGCGCAGCAUUCGAACGGCCAUUCCAUUUUUCCAUCUUAACCCUCCUCUUCUCCGGCCUCGCCUUGUCCUCGUAUGCAAAGUAUAUACUUCGAUCCGAACCGAGCUACGCGCCGUUGACCAAUGGUGCUGGGAAUGCUUCAGCCAAAUCUCUCUUCGUCGAUAUCCUGAGAUACCCACUUCGACUUCGAUCACAAUCUCCGUCCUUUGCUCUGCUGCUAUUCUGUGUGGUCGCCCGUACCAUCUUGUAUUGGAGGACCAUUCGCACCAUCCACUGUUCGUGGGAUGGACUUCAGGCUUUUCUUCCUUUCCUCCUUAUCGUCUAUGAUAUCGCCGAACUGCGGCCCCUAAACCUACCGAGACACGAACACGAUACACAUGGCCGAAAUACGAGCGCUUCAUCUACCCUCGCGAAAUAUGGGUUGAUUGCGCUACUCUGGGGCUUGGCCGCAACCGAUACUUUUCUACUUUCCGAGCGCACGACUGGCGCGAUCUGCCCUGCCGGAACCUAUAUCGAGCGCUUGAUACCUCUCGCCCAACUUCUCACACUAGCUCUCGAUGGCGUCUUCAUGUCACAGAUCGGGAAGCUUAGGCAGGGAACCGAAGGACAGUCAAAGACGUGGCAUUUCUUGGGCACCCUGUUUCUGACCUCGGCAGCCGUAUUAACCUUCUUGGCUGUCUGGUCAUCGGUCGACCGAGCCAACUUCCAAUGGAAUGUCUUUCUCACCUGGCUCGCCAUCGGCGACCUGAUCGUUGAUAGUAUCGUCGUAACAACGGGCAUAAUCGCCGCCACAUAUCUCCUUGGAUAUUUCCAUCCCUUAUUUGUGAGCUUGUUGCUUACGGCACCGAGUAUCUUCGUCUACCUGCAAUGGAGAAUUAUGGACGGAACUAUGAUCAGGGUCUGGUCUAAUUGGUGGGGUCUCAUCACUGGUGUUUGGCUAUUUGUAGGAGCAAGCCUUCUAUUGCACUUCGGCAAGACUGCCAAUUUUCAGCUUCGCUUUUCCGGCGAAGGCGCCAUCACAAGGAAUCGAUACGGUUUCUGCGCUCUGGUUGCCUUCAUUAUCGUCUUCGCCCAGACGAUCUUUGUGAGCCCUGGUGGGUUCAGGCCUACUCCCACCCAAAUUAUUUCCGACGCCAGAAGCGAGUCGGAUGACUGGAUAUAUAGAGCUGGGAAGAGCAAAUCUCUCCCAGAAGCUGUCUCGGAAUACAGAGAACGCUACGGGAUACCGCCGCCUCCUAAUUUCGAUAAGUGGUAUCAUUUCGCAACGUCGGUAAAAUCCCCUGUUAUCGAUACAUUCGACCAGAUUCACGCAGACCUCCUUCCAUACUGGGGUACCCUACCGUCUGUCCUGCGACAGAGGACAACUCACUUACUCGAGCACCCGUCUCUUUCCAUGGGUGGUAUCAUCCUCGAAGGUGGCAAGGUUGACGUAUCUCCACAUAUCCUCGGCACUCAUAGGUGGAUGAUGGACGUUACCAAGGACAUGCUUGAACCUUUUGCCCAGUGGCUACCUGAUAUGCAGCUCGCCUUCAACCUCGACGACGAAUGUCGUAUAUCGAUUCCGCUCGACCGUAUGAAAGCCUAUACAGAGGAAGGGCUUAGAGCUAGGGCAAGGUUGGGCGCGAAACAGGAGCUGUUCCCGUUCAGUGAUAUGCAGGAGCCGCCUUGGGUAAAAGACUACCUGAAUGCGGACGAGAAGAUCUGGAAUGAAAGAUCACCGUGGUUCUUGGAUAGGUCCAAGCGUCAGAUCUUCUAUGAGUGGAUCUCGCCAACAUGUCCAGCUGAAUCUCCGGUGAACAAGUACCGCUGGUGGAACAAGAAGGCAGAGUGUCUCGGUUGUUCUGCUCCGCAUAUGACACACGGAUUUGUAUCAAAUUGGACGUUAUCUGGCGACCUAUGCCAUCAGCCUGAUCUUGCGUAUUUGCACGGCGUCCUUUUGUCGCCGUCUGCCAUGGCUCCUUCUCACACGCUGUUUCCCGUCUUCAGCCAGAGUCGAUUAUACAACUUCGCUGACAUACUGUAUCCGAGCCCUUGGAACUUCGGCGAGAAGGUAGAGAUCGAAAACAACAAGAGUAUACCUUGGGAUCAAAAACUAAAUAGCGUAUAUUGGCGUGGCGCUUCUUCGGAUGGCUAUGCUGUCCACGGCUCCUGGCAGACGUUCUUGAGGGCUAGGUUUGUUAAUAUGGCUGCGAAAGCCAAACUAUCUGUUAGGGCCAAAUCUCUCUUCAGCCUCAUGUAUUCUCGAAGAGAUAUUCUUUCCUCGUUACGAUCCACCUCGACAACCACUCCCACACAAACAACAACACCAACGGAAGAUCACAUUACCGUGAAUGCCUCAUUCGUUGGCAAAUUUAACCGUUGCGACGACCGCGACUGCACCGCCGAGCACAUCACCUUCUAUGGCUCGGCCACCGCCGAACCACCUCCUUCGCUCGAUUUUCAAGAGCACUGGCGUCAUCGCCACCUUAUCGACCUCGACGGUGCCGCCUUCAGCGGCCGCUUCCUACCAUUCCUUAAGUCUGGAUCUUUACCAUACCGCGCCGCGCUCUUCCGCACGUGGUGGGAGGAACGUGUCCACGCAUGGAGGCACUUCGUGCCGCUCGACGUGCGGCUCGGCGACCUGUGGAACGCCGUGAACUACCUGGGCGGGCCGGGUCUGUCCGAGGCAGACGAGAUCGCGCAGGCUGGCCGUGACUGGGCCCAGCAGUCGCUCCGGAAAGAAGACAUGCAGGUCUACAUGUUCCGUCUACUGCUCGAGUGGGGGCGUCUUGUGGAUGAUCGCAGAGAAGAUCUUGGUUUCGUCCUCUAAAAAGGGCAGGUCCAAAGUUAUAAUAAUAAUAACGAAAGGCCAGUUACACCUUCGACGGGAAUUAUACACAUACUAGGUACUGUACAUACAUAUACACAUACACGGAUAGAUGGAUGGGCAGGCAUAUGGGUAU